CACAGUCAUACCUUACUGUGAAGUCAGACUAACAGUUUGUAGCUGUCUGACAAAUGGCAUUGUUCAUCCCUGAUAUGGCUGGUCAUCUGUUCUUGGUCAUCCUCCUUUUUGAUACGUUCCAAUCCAUCAAAGCCCAAGGCCCUCCUCUUCCCAGGUUGACGGUGAGUCCUGCAGUCAUCAGAGAGAGAGACUCAGUUCAGCUGAGCUGUGAGACUCCUCCAUCCGUCUCCGUGUCUCAGUGUUAUCUCUUCACUGAGAAGGGAGACUAUAAACCAUCCUGUCGGCAGACACUCACAGGGACUGAGCUCCUCUCGUGGUCAGAUCAACGUUCACCUGCUGUGGUCAACGUGAGAUGUUACUACUAUGCUAUUGGUAGUUCUUCCCCAUCCUCUCACAGUGACCCUGGCUCAGUAACUGUCCAAGUCCCUCCUCAGCUGACAGUGAGUCCUGAAGUCAUCAGGGAUACGGACACAGUUCAGCUGAGAUGUCACACUUCUCAAUCUACCUCUGUGUCUCAGUGUUACUUCUACAUAGCGGAAAGACAACAUCUCCAAUAUCCUACAUCCUGUCAGCAGUCACUCACAGGGACCAAGCUGCUUGAAUGGGCAGGUCAUGGUCCAACCACCAAGGUCAACAUGAGAUGUAUCUACUAUGCUGUAGAGAUGUCUAUCUACUCUCCUUACAGUGACCCUGUCUCAGUCACUCUCCUGGACCUCCCUCAGCCCAGGCUGACAGUGAGUUCUACAGUCAACAGAGAGAGAGACUCAGUUCAGCUGAGCUGUGACUCUCCUCCAUCUGUCUCUGUGGCUCAGUGUUUCUUCUACACAGAGGUGAAAAAUCCUAAACCCUCACCCUGUAUGAGGUCACUCACGGGGGCUGAGCUGCUCUCGUGGGCAGGUGAACGUUUACCUGCUGAGGUCAAACUGAGAUGUUUUUACACAGUAGAGAAUCACUAUCCAUCGAUGCACAGUCAUCCUGCGCCUAUCACUAUUCUUGGUAAACUGCAGAAACCAGACAUUAGUGUCAAUGACGAAUCUUCUCAUGACAUCACUAUUGCCUGUGUACUUCCUGAGUCUGUCAGUGAUGGUCAUAGCUGUAACCUGUACACUGGAGACCAGCCUCAGGCCUACAAAGAGGUUUUGGUGAGGAGAUUUAACGCAGCAUCAUCCAAACUAUUCUGUACCUUCAGUGUUACUAAGAAUGAUCUGUUCAGGCAUCUGCAGUUGGAGAGAGAUGUGAGCUGUGACUAUAGAGUGAACACAGGAUCACACUCACUGUCUCCCCGCAGUGAUAAAUACAUAAUUACUGGUCAGAAACCAAAUAUUACAGUCAGUCUGAAAGGGAACCUCAUCCUCACCUGUUUAAUUCCUGGCUCUGUCAGUAAUGACACCACCUGUAACCUGUAUGUUGGAGAGAAGAGUAAGUGUCUUUUUAGAGCACAAAUCAGGAAGAAGAAACACAAAGAUUCCGAAUGCUGGUUCUGUCAAUUCUCUGCGGCUGAGAGUGAUCUGAUCAGUUGUCUACAGUCAGUGAGGCGUAAGGAGGUGAGCUGUGACUACAGAGCGAGCUCAGGACCAAACUCUCUCUCUCCACGCAGUGAUUGGAACAGCUUUACAUUGGGUUUGACUCCAGAUCCUAGAUCUACUUUGCCUCACAGCACGACAGUGAGUCCUACAGAAGUUUUGACUGUUACUUCUACUUUGAUCCUAGACACCACAGUGAGACCAACUACCAGUUUGACCUCUCCUUUGACCCCCAGCACAGCAGUGAAUCCUACAUCAGCAAUGCAGUGUUUUAAAGGUUUGACCUCUCCUUUGGCCCCCAGCACAGCAGUGAAUCCUACAUCAGAUUUGACUGUUAGUCCUACUUUGACAACUGACACACCAACGAGUCCAACUGAAAGAGGUCAAAGCUCCACAGACAGCGUUGUGAAUUCAAACAGUCAAAAAAGAGUUUGGGCGGUGCAACUAUGGCAGGCAGCAGUGGGUGUGGCUUCUGGAGUGGGCGUGUUCCUGAUGGGAUUGACAGUUGUCUAUCUCUGCAGGAGGACCAAGAAAACCAAUUCUCUGAGCCCUACAGCCAGACAGGAUGAACACAGCCAAUGUGAUUUGGUGAUGGGAGCUAUGAGCAGUGCAGUCAUGUUGGAUUCAAGGGAUGCUGGGAUCAAUUCUCUCAUCACCUCUGUACCGUCCACAUUUUUGCACUCAGGUCCUGUGCAGCAAUCUGCAAAUGAAGAUGCUGAUUCAGAGAAUGCAGGGGUCUACAGCCUGAUCACUUCUGUACCAUCCAGAACUUUACCAUUAGGUCAUUUUGAAGAAAAUGGAAAGUCAUCUGAAAACGACAAUUCUGAUAUGUACCAUGUAUACAGCUCAAUCCCCGACAGACCAGAAACCUCAGCCCAGCCGGAUGGGUUUCACAGUCUUCUGCAGACACACUGAAACUACACCACUGGCUCUCUGUAUGUCUCACAGAAAAGUGGUUUCUAUCAGGAUGUCCUUUAUUUAUCACACAUCAUGUUACUUUAAAUAAGUAGCUAAAACAUCUACCACAGUGCCGUUUCUGUUUAUAAGCGACAUACAGUAAGCAGCCGCUAGAGGCCCCUCCCCCCUCCAAAAACAACCGUAGGAUAGUAGAAUACACAACGUGCAGUUUCGAAAUGUGGUUCUUCGUCAGAAGUUUUUCUCUUGUUAUGUCAGUCACUGACAGUCACUCAAUAAAUCCCAUGACAGCUAAGAUUUUAUAGAUUGCUAGGCCCAGUUAGUCUUGCCAGCUAUCUAAGCAUUGUAGUAAUGGCUGAAUUACUGCCCAGGGGCCCUGACCUGCAGGGGGCCCCCAAUAAUUUUGUUAGUCACUCUCACUCAGAUAUCAAAUGAACAUAGCAUAAGUCAUGGCAAAUGUUUAGAAUUGCAGUAAAUUAGCUUUAAAACCGAAUGUUAUUAUUUCAACGACAAUGGCAUACUGUGUUGAAUUGCAGGACAUUAAGUUCUCUCCGCCCCAUGGCAAAAUGAGUAGAAUUGCAGGACAUUAACUUUAAAGCUCCAAAUGUUUCUCUUCACCGCCAUGAGCGGGGCCACUAAAAUGUUUUAUCGGUGAGGUGGGCAAAUCUCGCUUAGGGCCCUCAAAAUGCUUGGAACUGACGUAAUUUACUGUAUCACACAUUGAAACCUGGAUUGUGUUACAUGCCUAUCCAUAAUAUCUGUUAAUAUGUUAGUAUUUUUAUUUGGGGAUUUUGGAGGUGUCCGGGGCAUACUCCCCUUUAAAUAUUUUUAAGUAAAUGCCCAAAUAAAUAUACACUGUAUUUAUAUAUAUUCUGUCAUCUGUGUGAUACCUCCUUCCAUAACGGUUUGAUAAAAUUUACUAAAUAAAAUAUAUUUGUGAUCAAAAUCGAUAGAUACAGACAAUUAAAAAUCAAUAAAUAUAUAACAUUCACACAAUGCAAAAAACAGGUAAAUAGGAAAUUAAGAUCAAUUCAUUGAAAUUAAGUCAUUAAGAUCCAAAGUGGUAUUAUUGAUAAGACAUUUUUCUUGGUGAAAUUCAUCUUGUGUUUAAAUAUGCUUAUUAUAUAAGGCCCCCCCCCCACACACACACACACAUAAAAACUGGGGGAAAAGUCUGUUAACUUUUGGUGCAAAAAUUGUUAAAUUAUCAACCCCAAAAGCCUGAUCUUAUAGCAAAAGUAUUGAUAUUGAUAUUUCCCACAUACUUUGUUACAAGCUACAAAAUAUAACAUUUUGGUUUUAAAAAUGUUUACAUUGUUGACCUAAAACUGAAAAAUAUAGAUGACCUAAAUGCUAUUCAAAUCUCCAAACUUCUCCAUGUUUACUUGUUAUUUUCCAAGUUCCCAGAUGAAUUUAAACUUACUCAGAACAUCAGUCGCUCCUACAAUGUGCAGUGUUGUAGACACAUUCUAGCCUUGAAGUCCAAUGACUGCGGAGUGGUUAAGAUGUAAAUGGUGUGAGAACACAACUUCAUUACAUUGUUUUCCAGUUACCAUGAGCUUACAUUCUGUUUCGAUGCACACUUGAGCCCAGCGGUCAGGGAUUAUGGUGAUGGCUUUGUUUGUUGAAAAGGGGUGGCUCCCCUCCCCUCCCAUAUACACACUGUGCAUAGAUAUUUCUAUUGUGUUAUUGACUGUACGUUUGUUUAUGUGUAACUGUGUUUUU